AUGGGAGACUUUCCAGGUGACGCGACUGCUACCAACACUCCAACUCGAUUGGAUUUCAAUAGCCCCUUCUAUCUGCAUCCCUCAGAGAAUGCAGGUUCUACUUUACCUCCUGCUGUGUUUGAUGGAACUAGCUACAGGUCAUGGAGACGAGCAAUUCUUAGGGCUUUAUCUGUUAAGAGUAAAACUGGAUUCAUCAAUGGGAAAAUCGUGAAGCCAAAUUCUGCAGAUCCAACCUUCAUGCAGUGGAAAAGGUGUGAUGACAUGGUGACCUCUUGGAUUUUAAAUUCUCCAUCACCAGAUCUGCGAGAUGGCUUGCAAUACGUCAACAAUGCCAAUGAACUUUGGGAUGAGUUGGAAGAUAGAUAUGACCAAACUAAUGGUUGCAAACUCUAUCAACUACAGAAGGAGAUAAAUGACCUUGUGCAAGGUAAUUUGGAUGUCACUGGUUACUAUACUAAGAUGAAGAAGUUGUGGGAAGAAAUGAACACUCUUGAUGUCAAUUCUCAGUGCACUUGUGUGUGUAUUUGUGGUGGAAAAACCAAGAUGCAUAAGGCUGAGUAA